CAGACGUUAUGGCGUUUUCUUUGAAACGAAGAAUGAUUUUCCCAGAAUGGCUAUUUGAAGUGCACGUGCCUAGCAAGGAGAGUAAUGUACCCACCUGAAUUAAAGGUUAUCGUAAUUAGAACGGGGGGGGGGAUAUACCUUAACUCAGUACAAAACGGUAUUUUGCAGGAAGUGUCACACUUCGUUAGAUUUCAGUGAUGUCUGUCUGUUGUUGUUGUUAUCGCUUUCGCUUUUGCUUUUGAAACGGUGGUUUUGAGAAAAUGGGAAUUCAGGGAUUGACUUCGUACGUCGAUUCAAUGCCUUCUGGAGAGGGAAAUGUUUGGGAGCCGUAUAAAUUAAGAAAUACAAAUGUCGUUAUAGAUGGAUGCGGUUUAUACUAUUAUUUGUAUGCCUCGAAUUACAUGAAUGUAAAAUACGGUGGACAAUAUGCAGAAAUGCAAGAAAGAGUGAAAGAGUUUUUCUCCAAACUGAAAUUGAAUAACGUCGUAGCGUACGUUAUUUUUGAUGGUAUCAUGGGAAAAGACGAAAAGAAAUUCAACACAAAACUAAGGAGGAAAGAGACUUACAUUCAGAAAAUGACCAAAAUGUGGACAACAACAUGCAAAGGUUAUGAAAUGUUGCUUCCUCGUCUCAUGGAGAUAGCUGUCAUUGAAGUAUUGAAGGAAAUUAAUGUCCAAUAUGCCGUUUCUGAUUUUGAGGCAGAUGCCGAAAUUUCUCUGCUAGCAAAUGAAUUGAAAGCUCCAGUAAUGUCAAAUGACAGUGAUUUUUAUUUUAAUGUAAAACAUGGUUAUAUUCCUUUCGACAUUACACAUUUACUGGAUCUAGCGUUACAGUUAAAAAUUCAACUUCAUGGCUUUCAUCAAAUACCUCAACAUAACAGAGAAAAUGCCUCCUACUGGCCAUUGGUAGGCAAUGAUUAUAUUUCUGAUGGGAUGUUAAUGCCUUUCAUUUACUACAUUGGCAAGAACAAAUACUGUAAAGGAUUCCAUAAGAUUGCAGCGAUAUCUUUAUUUUUAUCCAAGUAUGACACAAUUUCUGAAGCAGUUCAAUUUGUAUUGUCUUUAUACACUCCCGAACAAAAGUUAAAAUUUGAAAAACAACUGCGGCUUUCUAUAGAAGAAUACCAAAAGGAGGAAAGCUUUUUGAUUGGUUAUUUUCAAUCAUGUGACCAUGGUAGUAACUUGUGUAUGUACAAUGGUUUUUCCCUGCCUACUUGGCUCAUCAAGCUUUUCCGUGAUGGUUCAGUGGCACCCGAGGGUAUAGCAAGCUUGUGCAACAGAAAACUUUUUCUUCGUACACAAAGUGAAGAUGUCAAACAGUCUUCAUCUCAAAUGUGCGUUGAAAGUCUUAGAUGGAAGUACUAUGCUUUUCUAUGCCAGUGUGAAUUGUUUUCAUUGCCAACUGGUACCCACAAUUUAUCUUUAGCAACACAAAAUCAAGUUGUUCCCAUAGAUAAAUCAGAUCAUCACAAUUUAGAUCUCAAUUCCUCCAAAAGUAUGAACAGAAAAGAAAUUUGUAUUAUCGAAAUUGAUCGCAAAUACUCAGAUUUGAUUGAAAGUAAAGUAAAUCUAGAUGAAUAUCUACAAAAGCAAGUUCCAAGUUUAUGAUUUAUGUGGAAUGUCUGACGAGUUAAAGAGAGAUUACAUCAUUCAUUUGCUUCACGGAGACAGAACUACAAUAUAUCAACUUGCAAUUCAACAUCAAUUAAUUGCAUUAGCAUUGCGUUAUUGGAUCAUACACACAAGUGAAACCUUACCAUUUGGCAAGUUUAUUGUUGUAUUAUGUUGGUGUAAAACAAGACUGUUUAUCAACAGAACAUUGUUAUGAAGAAGCAACUAUAGAUGUUGUUCAUACAUUUUCAGAAUGGCAAAAUAUUCUUUACUGGGUAAAACGUUUUAACAUGUUGCUGAGACAGCCAUUUCCAUGUGUAAAUGUGUCAGAUGUAUCGAUGGUGUUAAAGUGUGUUCAUUGUAUGUCAGAGUUGCAAAAAUUGGAGCAAGCUUAGCUGAAACUCUAGUUCUCAAUCUCAAGCUUUAUCAAGAACUCUAUGAUGCAAUCACCAACCAUUUACCACCAGGUUGUACAUUUCACCAAAAAUGUCACAGUGGAAGAGUUAAAGCAGAAAAGAAAGAUCUUGUUCAAAAGAAUACAAUGAAAAAAAAGGAGAGUGGCUUUCUAAAUAGGUUUUCAUGGUUAUGGACCGAAUCUAGUUCAGAUUCAGAUGCUGAAUGAUGACAUUGAUAUUUCAUGUUAGAUGACAAUAAUCAAAUUGCAUUUAAAUUUUAAGGCCAUUAAUUAACUCAAAAAUUCGAAAUUUUUAUUGUAUUUAUAACCGAAUGAUUUUCUAGAUACAUAGUCAUUAUUUACAAAUGUUUUUUAUAAAUAGUUUAAUUUAUAAAUAUUUAGUGCUGAACCAAAUUAUUAGAAUUACAUUAUGCGUUGCAAUCAGGGAGUUCCCAGAAA